UAUCGGCCGGCGAAGCAAAAGCUAAAGUAAAGUAAAAUAAAAGCAAAGCAAAAGCGAAACAGCAGGCAAAAGGAGGAGUCGCUGUCCAAGGAACAAGCGAAACUGGGUUAAACCAUGCCCAUGCAAUAGGCCAAAUUAUCUACAAUAUAGGCCACACUUUCCGACAAAGACCGUGUGGAGGAGGAGGAGAAGCGGCGGCAGACAGCUCAUAAAUUAUGGAGCUACGCGAACUGCGCGGUGGAAAUGGUGGAAGUCUUGGAAGUGGCGGAAAUGGAGGAGGCGUAGGAGCAUGUACACCCGGAACCUCUGGGACGUCAACAAAUGGAUCCCCAAGUCCCGAACUAGGCGGCAUUUGCAUUGGAGGCGCCGCCGGAGGACAUCGUAUGCCCACCAGAGCGGAUAUAUUUAUGGAGCAACUAAACGCCGCCAAUGCCAAGAAGGUGGCUCUGCUUCUGGUCCUCGGCUUCAUCGUCUAUCACGGCCUGCUUAACUGGAAUUACGGAAGUGACUCCUGCCAGUGGCUGCUGUCCAAGGGCCGAUUCAAGGGCGACAACGAGUGGCAGCCGUACGGUUGCAUGGUGCACAAGUACUCCCUCACUGACACAAGGCGCUGUUUGCGUUACCUUGCCUUCUUCGACAACAAGAACAACUUUGUGUUCAUUGGCGACGAUAGUAUCCGGCUGCUCUACAAACGAUUUGUGGAGCAACUGCGACUGCCAUUGGCCGCGGAUGAGGUGGCCGACGAGGAGGACAAUAACGCCUCUGUGACUGAUGGCUCAGCCCGUUUUGAGGACAAGAAGCUGCAUAUGCUGGCCCAGUACAUUCGGGCAGAGGAGGUGAGUCCGUUGCUUGUGGAGCAACUGUACCGAUUGGAAGCCGAGAAGCAGCUGUCCUCCGUGUACGUUGUGGGCUUCACCUAUACUGGUUUGCUCGCCGGAAACACCACAGACGAUGUGCUGCGGCAAUAUGCCGCUAAUCUCACGUUGCUGGUGGCUCCGUUUCAUCGCCUGGUGGCGCAAACGUCGCGUGUUCUGUGGAAGUUGGCAGACCGCGUGGACGAAGAGAAACUUCCUCCGCACUGGAAGCUGCUCCAGAACGAGCACAUCGAUCGUUUAAACCAUGUGGCCAGGGGUGUUUUCCGCUACACGGAGGCCAGUGUUUGGGAAUCCGCCUGGCACAUAGCCAAUGGUUUGCUGGACAACGCCGUCGAUGGUUAUCAACUGUGCGCCCAUGGCCAGCGACUGGAGGUUCAGCUGCUGUGGAACAUGUACUGCAAUGACUACAUGAACUACAAUGAUGGCACCUGCUGCAGCAGCUCUGAGCCAUACACCACGCUGCAAAUAGUGGCAUACGCCUUUUUUGGCGUCUGCAUGACGCUUGUGUGUGGCAUGUGUCUGCGCAGAUGGUUGCUUCAUCUGCGGGGCCAGACUUUGUAUGUGCCUUUGCAGCAGCAGCAGCAAUCCCACGAAGGCGGAAGAGCAGGUGGAGGAUCACCGAGUAAUGCCUUAUCCGCUCUGAUAACCGACUAUGGCACUCCCAUGGUGGCGCUAUCAUUGCUGGGCCUAAUUUUGGCCUAUUUCUACCUCUGCGAUCGCACAAACUUCUUUAUGAAGGAGAACAAAUACUACUCUGAGUUUAGCUUUUGGAUACCAGUGGGCUAUGUCUUUGCCCUCGGACUGUUUUUUACGGAGGAUUCGCGGUUCACUAAGGUGCUCAAUCGCGAUCAAACGGAUGAACUGCGUGGCUGGAUAUUGCUGGUGGUGCUUAUAUAUUACAUGACCGGAGCACAGCGAGUGCUGCCCAUUCACAUGCACAUCAAGCUGUUGAUCUCAGGAUACUUCUUCCUUACCGGAUACACGCACUUCACGCACAUGUGGCAGACGGGUGGCAGUGGCUCCCUAUUCGUGCGCUUUUUCCAGGCCAUGUUCCGGGCAAACUUUCUCAGUGUACUGCUGUGUUUCUGCAUGAACCGGCCGUAUCAGUUCUACUAUUUUGUGCCACUACUAUCCUUCUGGCUGUGCAUCGUCUACUUUGUGCUGGCACUGCCGCCACGAAUUUCGUCGGCCUCUGUGGACACUAAUCCGCUGCACUAUCUCUAUUUGGUGUGCAAGUGCAUUGGUUGCCUGGGCGGCAUCACAGUGCUCUUCAUGUCGGAGGUAUUCUUCGAACGGAUCUUCGUGACGCGACCGUGGAAGGCGCUGUUUGUGACCACUGACGAUGACCUGCACGAGUGGUGGCAUCAGUGGAAACUGGACCGGUAUACGGUGGCCUUUGGCAUGAUAUAUGCCGCCUGCUUUCACAUUGCCCAAAAGUACAAUGUAUUCGAUGACAACAACCAUGGGAAUCUGUUUUCACGGAGGACAUCAAUAUCAGUCACUUUGCUGGCACUGCUGGGCGUCGGGGUGUACACUUCGUUUACGUUCCUUUGCCGCAACGUUCAGAACUGUGAGGAAAUCCAUUCGUAUAUCCUGUUCAUCCCGAUUGUUGGCUAUGUGGUCCUCAGGAACAUCUCGGGUAUCCUACGUACUCGAUACUCGGCAUUCUUCGCCUGGUUUGGCCGCAUCUCGCUGGAGCUGUUCGUCUGCCAGUAUCACAUUUGGCUGGCCGCCGAUCGGCAUGGAGUUCUGGUGCUGUUGCCCGGUUUCCCCACGCUCAACAUGAUCAUUACAUCGUUCAUCUUUGUGUGCGCCUCGCACGAAGUACAUCGCCUCACCCAAAUCCUGCUGCCGUAUGCGGUGCCCAGCGACUGGCGUCUGGUCAUGCGAAACUUCGUCAUCUUCCUCAUCGUGCUCAUACCCGUCGCCCGAUCGGAUGGCAUGUUCUGAUCCUGAGCGAUUCGCAAUCCAAUUGCCGCCCAGGUAUUGAUCCAAAGUAUUCGAUAGUUAGUAUCCCCUUCGUAAAAAAAGAGCGAACUUAAGUGUUUAACUUCAGGGUGGAACGGUUUUGUAUCUUAGCUUAUGACCUUAAAAUCCUUCUGCAAUAUCUCAAUACUUUUUAAAAGAUACUUAACUCUAAGGCCAUAGGUCAAAAAUUUGUUUUCAGUUUCCUUAAGUAAACCGGGAUUUGGCAUUUUUGCCAGAUUCAGACAAGACAAUAAUUUAAUUUGUUAAUGUUAGCUCAGUAUGUUUAUUCGAUUAUAGUCGGGAUCAGAUAACUUUCAGUUAAAGUAUAUUUAUUUUUCCAUAUUUACCAAACGUUCCCCCCUUGUUUAUAAAGUGCGUGUCAUAGCUAUAAGAAAAAAAUUGUGGUCAUGUCUCGAAAUGUGAUGUUAAACUUUACUUAAUCGAUUUGGCUAUUCGCUAAUGUGCGAGCGCAACUCUAUUUAAGUUGUUGAAAUUAUUCUUGAACUUACACGUAACUAAAGUAGCUUAAUGCAAUUUCAUUUUUAAGAUUAAAGCUCCCAAAAACUAUUUGUAUAUUUGUUUUAUAAGUUAAGUCGCUAGCUGGCGUUUUUAAUUCCCAAGAAACAUCAGCAAAAUUACAGAAUAUAUGGCUUUACCUAAACUGCACAGUAUUCUUAUAGUUCUGAAACGCACUUCACACACAUAGUUAACUAUAUGUAUGAAAACAUGAUAUAUAUAUGCGUACACAUAUGUAGUAUAUGUGUAUUGGAAUAAUUUGCGCCUAUGUAUACAACCUAGGGUUAACAUAGCUUUAAUUAAAUUUUGCACAACUUACUUAACAACUCACCUAACCAAACACACUCACUCAAACACACACAGCGGCAAACCAAAUGUAUGUAUAAAGCAAGAGAAUAAAGCAAUGGAUAUACACUUA